CCAGGGUUCCAGGCUGAUGGAGACUUCAUCAUUGGAGGGCUUAUCCCCAUGCAUUACAGAGUGGAGCCACCAGACCAGAACUUCACUUACAAACCAGCAACUUCAGAAUGUCGAGAAUUCGAUCCCAGAUCUUUCCGCUGGGCUCAGACCAUGAGGCUGGCUGUUGAGGAGAUUAACAAGAGUCCAAACCUGCUGCCGAACCACACACUGGGAUACAAGAUCUAUGACUCAUGUGCAACCCAUGUGGCAGCACAACGGGCAGUUCUGGGAAUUCUGAAUGGACCAGCUGAAACCCCAAAUUCUGUGUGUUCUGGUGCAUCUCCAGUUUUGGCUGUGGUUGGAGAUUCAGGAUCAUCUCAGUCCAUUGUUGUCUCUAGAACACUGCAGCCCUUCAGAAUUCCAAUGAUCAGUUAUUUUUCAACUUGUGCCUGCCUCAGCAAUAGAAAAGCAUUCCCGACAUUUUUUAGAGUGAUUCCAAAUGAUGACUACCAGGUGAAAGCCAUCGCUCAUCUCCUGCGACGAUUUGGUUGGACAUGGAUAGGUGUCGUCACUGAAGAUGACGAAUAUGGGAGGUCUGCUGUACAGGGCCUGCUGAAGGAAAUCAAAAACACGGGUGUGUGUUUGGCUUACCAGAGAAUGAUCCCCAAAGUGUACAGUCGGGAGAAGAUUCUUGAAAUUCUUGAUGUGAUGAAACGCUCCACUGCAAGGGUGGUUAUCAGCUUUGCUGCUGAAGGUGAGCUGUACCCCUUCCUGAGAGAGUACAUGGAUCAGAAUAUCACUGGGAUCCAGUGGAUCGCCAGUGAAGCCUGGGUAACAGCAUCUGUGUUCACAGGCAGUGAGUUCUACCCAUUUCUGGGUGGUACCAUUGGGUUUGCAGUCCGGCAAGGGCAGAUUCCUGGACUUAGAAACUACCUGAUGAGUGUGGACCCACUGAGGUACCCAAAUAACCCUCUGGUGCAUGAGCUGUGGGGUGCUUUGUACGGUUGCUCUCUCUACCCCUCCGACAGCAUGGCCCAGGCAUCCUCCCAGCUACCUCCCUGCUCAGGGCAUGAGCCCCUGCAAGAGAAGCACUCUGCCUACAUGAACACCUCCAGCCCUCGCAUAUCAUAUACUGUGUACAAAGCUGUGUACGCCAUUGCUCACGCCCUGCACAACCUGGUCAGCUGUGAGCCUGGGGAAGGACCCUUCCAAAACUCCACAUGUGCUGAUGCCACAAACAUUCAUCCGUGGGAGCUUCAGCAGUAUCUUCAAGACGUUUCCUUCACAAUUUCUGGGGAAGAAAUUGACUUUGAUGAAAAUGGAGAUUCAAUUCCAUCUUAUGAUCUGAUCAAUUGGCAAAGAGGGGCAGCUGGAAAGAUUGAGUUUGUCAAUGUGGGACUGUAUGAUGGAGCAAGGGAGGCUGGGAAAGAGCUCUUCAUCCAGGAGGAUGCGAUCAUAUGGGCAGGCCACCAAAGAGAGGUGCUGGUGUCUGUGUGCAGUGACAGCUGUGCUCCAGGAACCAGGAAGGCAGUCCGUCGUGGGGAGCCUCUGUGCUGCUUUGAUUGUGUACCAUGUGACGAUGGCAAGAUUAGUAAUGAGAGAGAUUCAAUAGAUUGCUCACCCUGUCCUGAAGAUUACUGGUCCAAUCAGGCCAGAACAGAAUGCAUACCCAAAGCAGUUGAGUACCUCACCUAUGAUGCAAUGGGGUUGACCUUAACUGUUGUAGCUGUGGUAGGAGCCUGCCUCACUAUUGUUGUUCUGGCAGUGUUCCUCUACCACAGAAACACUCCAAUUGUCAGAGUCAAUAACUCAGAGCUGAGCUUCUUCAUCCUGCUCUCUCUGACCCUGUGCUUCCUGUGUGCACUGGUGUUCAUUGGAGAGCCCACACCAUGGUCCUGCAUGCUGCGCCAUACUGCCUUCAGCAUCACUUUCUCCCUCUGCAUCUCCUGUAUCCUGGGGAAGACUCUGGUGGUUCUGGCUGCCUUCACAGCCACCAGGCCAGGAAACAACAUCAUGAAGUGGCUGGGACCCAAACAGCAGAGGGUCAUCAUCUCUGCCUGCACCUUUGUACAAGUGAUAAUCUGUGCAGUGUGGCUGAUCACUGCCCCUCCAUUCCCCUACAAAAACACACGGUAUCAACGGUCCAGAAUAAUCCUAGAGUGCAGUGUGGGUUCUGACCAAGCCUUCUGGUGUGUUCUGGGGUAUAUUGGGCUCCUGGCUGCCCUGUGUUUUGUCUUGGCUUUUCUUGCCAGGAAGCUCCCAGGCAAUUUUAACGAGGCCAAGUACAUCACCUUCAGUAUGCUGAUAUUCUGUGCUGUGUGGCUGGCUUUUAUACCUGCUUAUGUCAGCUCACCUGGAAAGUUCACAGUAGCUGUGGAGAUCUUUGCAAUUCUAGCAUCUAGUUUUGGUCUGCUACUGUGUUUAUUUGCUCCGAAAUGUUACAUCAUUUUAUUGAAACCACAUAAAAAUACAAAACAACAUCUCAUGGGAAAGAAAUAA